AUGGCGGAGAGCCGCCCAGUGCGAACUGGGGACAAGCCAGUGCCGUUCCCUCCCAUUCUCAAUGACCAUAUUUCGCAAGCAGUAGAAGAAUCGCUGCCAGCAGCAGAAAGGCCUCGCGCUGACCGGUCAAAUACUCCUCAUCGACGAACAAUCCCGGGCAACAUACUAUCGAAGCUGUCGUUGCUGCGCACCAACAGCGGCUCGGAAAGAUCCACGUCUGGUGAGAGGAGCAAUGAUGGAGAAGAUAGUCCUCCUAGUGGAUCUCUGGCCCUAAUUCAACAAAAUGCUAAAACACGGAAAAGAAAAGGGUCGUUGCGAAAGACGGCUCUACUUGGAAAGAGUAUGCUGGGCCGUGAUCGGAAGGGAUCCGACGCCAAACUAAAGUCACCUCUCUCCAGUCCACAAUUCCUAAAGGAGAACGAGAAGAGUAUAGCAGUAGCGACUCAUGGAACAGACACAGAUGCAACGCCGCGGCCAAGUCAGGAGAAAGAUAGUCCUGUGCUCUCCGCUUCGCCGCCUAAAUGGAAAUUUCCAACCUCUAAAGUGUCCCUGUCUUCUAUCCGUUCGAGUGUGCCUUCUGUCGAGCCAGCGUCUUCAGGAGCUUCCAUCACAAGUCCGACCCUGCCAACCGAUCACUCACCGACAGACGAUGAGGAACAGGGACUCUCUUUUCCCAAACUACCAUUUAUUGCAAGCAGAAGGCCUCCAUCGAGUAGUGGAGACUCCUACUUUCCACCCCAGCAACCUCUUCGCUCGAGGAGACCUACGGAUCGGAUGAAGUCGCCUCUCGCUACCCAGCCCCAGUCACUGACUUCGUCCCCUGUCGCAAGCGAGGAAGAAUGGGACUACUCUGAAACGGCAUAUUGGGGAUAUGUGAUAUUGAUUAUCACCUGGCUGGUCUUUGUGGUGGGUAUGGGGUCCUGCUUUGAUGUCUGGUCGUGGGCUUGGGAUGUGGGCGAGACUCCGUAUGCACCGCCAGAGCUUAACGAUGACCCAACACUGCCGAUUGUAGGUUAUUAUCCUGCGUUAAUGGUCCUCACAAGCGUGAUGGCAUGGGUUUGGGUGGUUGUUGCAUGGGUCGGAAUGAAAUAUUUCAGGCAUGCCGAAGGUCGCGGAGAUGAUGGCUGA